AUGAAAGUUUUACCUGCGUCAUGUGACCUGCUGCCAUCCAGCGUGUUAUUAUUCAGGCUGUCGCUGCUGCCGAGCGACCACAGUCAUGUGAGUUGUGCGGUGAGUUGGGGUGUGUUUCCUGUAUGUGACUGCUCCCUCAAUGUCCUCAAUGGGAAGUUCAAGUCCCCUCUGCUGCGUGGUGAGCCGGACUCAUCUCUCAAACAGUUCAGCGAAAUUGAACAUCUGCUUUCCACUGACCUGGACAACUGGAUGUGCAACCUUUACUUUAAGGUAAAGAGACUCCCACAGGGUUGCACUGGGGUGCCAGAGCGCAGCUUCACCCCGCAGGUCCCUUCUCAACCCCAGGAGAGCUCCAGCCAAGGGCUUCCUCCCCACCAGGACACCUCAGCACCCUCCUCUGCCUCUCUGCCAGGUAAGAAAACUGGAGCUAUGUCAGCCCUAGAGCCCAUGGAGCAGACAAAACACCCCGACGCUAACAAAACCAAGACUGGAAUUCACAGCAAGAGUGGCAGACAGAAGAUGUUUGGGAGGAACAGUGAGAUGCUCAGAGCCCUCGCUGAAAAUCCGCUGGAUCAAUUUUCUUUCUCCGUGCGAUCUCAGGAUUAUGGUCAGCGCUGCCUGGCUCCAGUGUGCUGCGGGACAGCUGAGAAAAUGCAUCUGGUGAGACGUCUCCUCCCAACAAUGCUCGAUCUGUCCCGCCGUCCUCGAACGUCCCAGGUCGGCCUGAAUCUUCUGUUGUUCACCGUCAUGUGGUUCCCACGUCUGUACCUGCAUUACUGCACUCAAUGGCUCUACCUGCAGACCAAACACAUCCCUAUCAACAGGUUUAGGAUGGGUGCGCACACGGUGGAUCUGGUCUAUCAGGGCUCACUGUUAUCUACCCUGGAGGAGGUUCUGCUGGUGCUGUUGGGACCCUUGACCUUGAGCGUAGCUGUGCUGCUGCUGCUCCUGAUCAGAUGGGGCUGUCAGCUAGCGUUUGGCUCAUCGCCCUCCUUCCUGUCAAAGUUUAUCAUGGCUGCGGCAGUCUGGACAGUGCUGGACCCUCUGGCGGUCUUCACUGUGGACGUCGUCCUGGGGCGUCUUUCCUACAGUGCUGAUGAUCCUUUGGCGGAUGCUGCCAAGCUCUACUGGCAUUUUUAUCGAACAGAGCAGUCGGGCACAGCGGGCAUCGUCAUCACCCUCUUCAUCUACGCCGUCCAUUCCAUUCUGUCCUUCACCAUUCUUUACAUUUACAUCCUCAGAUUUCACAAUGAUGGAAGACUGUUGGAUAUCUACCAUCGCCUCCACGGUGCUGAGGGAGCGUUCUUCAUUCCACACGACAUGGAGGUCUCUAACCAGGAGCUCAGUUACAUUGUAAAGAAGGCAGAACAGUGGAGAGGCUUCAGCGGAGAGAGACGCAAGGUGGCAGUGCAUGAUUACAUCUGGACAGAGGAGGAGCCAGUUGCAGGAUUGGCACCGCCUGCAGGUACACCUGUAACAGGGUGCGAGACCAGCACUCAUCUGUCCAUCUACACCCUUCACCUGAGCGGCCUACGCCAGCAUUACAGGCACUUCCUGCGACAGCCUGAUGGAUCCAUUAUAGAGGUGAUGGAGAACUGUGAAAUUCCAGUGCUUCAGAGGUCAGAGGUGCAUGAAGAACACGAGAAGAUGAAGAGUGCAACACAUCUCAGAGAGAGGAAGAGGAGGAGAGCUGUCUGGCGUUCACACAGGGUUGAGCCUCUUGGAGGAAGUGUCUAUGACUCCAGCACUGCAGUUAAAGAGCCCAGCUGAUAACUUUAAAUAACCACAAAUAAUAGCGUUUAUUCAUCUAGUUGUUUUUUAAUCCCAUAAACACUGUACAAUGGAAGACAAAACUGAGGACGUGACUGAAAAAAUAUACGAAAUAAACAAAACCUGUAUUUUA